AACUCCUGGCGUACCGCGUUCAAGGGACGCUUGUUGAGCAAGAAGCUCAAAGCCGUGUAUGACGCCGGAGAUCGACUCGCGGCAAGGCAAGACCUCGAAACCGCCAACGAUGACCUCGAGCAAGCUACAAGCGCGCAAUACAUGCGGGAUUUACCUACGCAUACGGAAGAACAGGACGGGUACGCGCUCGGGAUACUGAUCACCUGUUGCUCCGACUCGCAACAGCGGUUUGUCGCCGACAAGGACACCUACGUGGAUGCAUGGUGUGCGCUGGCCGAACUCCAUGCGCCAAAGACACGCGUCGACCGGCUCGUCACCCUAUCCAAGUACUUCAACAUGAAGUGGAACACCAAACAAGAGAGUUUACCGUUUCUGGAAAGAUACGAGAUCGUUCUUCGUAAGCUUCGCGCAAGCGGGGAUGCCGUGCACUACUCCAUGGUCGUCGACCGUCUGCUGGACAUGAUGCCGUGGCAGAUGCGCGCUGAGACUCACCAAGUGCACUCAAUGCCGCGGACUCAGAGAAACAACCUCACCACCGUUCGUAUUGUACUGGAGGCCGAGUACAAGCCCUUCGAUCGGGCGCCCUGA